AUGUGGCGGUCGUUCAAAGCGGAUUCUUCGCCGCCGUCGUCGAUUCCUGAUGUCGACGUCGACGUCACCGUCGAUGAGCCUGUCCCUCUUGGGUUCGUUUUUCUUUCCUUCUAGUUUCCGAUGAAAAACCUCUUCAUUUUUCUCAAGUUCCAGGAAUGAGCGUUAGAUUUAAUCAUACCUUUCCCAGUUGCACGACACUAAAUUAUAGUCCUUAGAAGAAAAUUCUAGGCUGACAAGCCUGGUCUUUCGUUUUUUUUUCGUCAGUUUCAUUGAUUAGAAAAUGAAAAGGAAUAAAUAUAUUAUUACGAAUUAGAAAAGAUAUUUAUAUUAAUGAAUCACAAAAAACGGGUUAAAGAGUAAUUCUUAUCACAGUGGCGAGCUUUCGAUUCGAAGAAGAAUUUUUUCGGAGAAUCAGAGCAAUUUUUCUCCAAAAUAGCUCUUCAAUAUGAAAUUCACUCGAAUAGAUACAGAUGGGAAUACCAUCGUCAGCGCUUCUGAAAAAGCGAAAAUCGUCAAAAUUCUGAUGAGUCCAACGAGCUGUCAGUACAACAAUAAUAUACUAUUUUGGGCUAUUUUGAUUGUCUCUGACGCAACCGACCAACCAGCCGUUGAUAAAUAAUCAUCACCUCUUGUUCCUCUUCUAUUUGCUGUUUUCCGCGCUUUUUCGCUUUCUUCUACGCCUCUGGCACUCCCGUCAUCUUUUAUAACCUUGUUUAUGUGGGGUCGAAAUGGAUUUGAGUGAUGAGGAAAUUACAAAAAGAUGAAGAGAUCUUAGAACUGCUGUUUAACCUUUUGCUCUUCGAACUCCCCCAACCAUCUUGAGGUACUGAAAUUAAGAUGUGUAGUGCUGGAGAACUUUCAGGCGAUUUUUUUUUUUUCAUUUUUAUGGAAAGGUUUCUGAGUGAUAUAACUGUGAUCUAUAUUCAAAAUUAGUCUAGCUGUGCGAAAUUGUCUAACUGAGAAGCGAGCCGAAAGCGUAGUUCAGUUGUUCAGUUUUAGAAGAUUUAACCUAUUAAUCAUCACUUGGACCUUUGUGAGGAUCGACAUGAGGGAGUUUUUUCGAUGAGCUCACUUGUAGACGUUCAGCCUGAGUACGGCUUCUACUAUUUUUUUACGAUUUCAAGAGAGACUGAGAGCUUCCUGCGCGGCGGAAACCAUGGUACCGCCUCGAACUUGCUGUGUCAUCGGACUUACUCGCCAAUUAUCUCUUGCACUCCUCGGAGAGCGACGCCUUGAUUAGCCAACUGCUGAUUAUGGACAAACAGUGACAGAGAGGUAGAGGAAGAUUGGUGAGAAGCUCGCGCGUUUGACGUCAUCCGGGGCUCAUCACAGGCGAGCAGAAGAACGACUUUUUCGGUCGCGUUGCCGGCCACGCCUCCAGGUGUCGUCCACCACCGCCGCCACCCGCUCUUUUUGUCGCAUUUUCGGGUCUUCAACUUGGAUAACUCGACUAAUAUUUGCUCCUUGUUUCCCUUGGAGCUAAUCAGAGAGGACCUUCUGAAGGCGACUCUUUGGUCCUACAGUCAGAAGCUGUCCGCUUAGUGCGACUUGCCAUAAGAAAGCUGGAGGACCGGCCAAAAAGCUCGCCGUCGCAGCUGCCGCCGACAAAGCUGCAGUCGAUCCUGCAGAUCCCUCCGGCUGCCAUCCGCCGCUUCUCCGCCGACAUCUCUUCGGCCAUGCGACGCGGCUGCGGGAACUGUAGUCGCAGUCGUUCUUCACUCGCUGUCAACGAGUUCUACGACCUCUCUUCCGCGGAAGAGGACAACAACGAGCUCCAAGUUCCUGGGUUCGUUCUUUUCUCUUCUUCAACUUCUUUCCCGCGAGUGAUGUUUUCAUGUGAGUCUAAAUUCGACGAACACGCUUAUCAUUUUAAGAAAUAAGUCUCUUUUUAAUUUCAUUUUCUGACCUUCUAAAAAAUUAUCUUCGAAUUUUUUUUCUCUCAGAGGACAGAUUGGUCGGAGAAUGCGUGUCUCAUUCCAGAAAAAAAAAAUCUCCAUUUUUUUGAAUCAAAUUUGAUAUCGGCCGGAGUGAAGCGAGAUUUCGCCUUGACCAAAGUUUUCCUGUUGAAGCUGGGAAUAUUUCCUCCGAUGAUUUCUCUGAAAUCAUCUACAAGGCAUUCUUAUCACCGUUUUGUUCUUUGAAAGAAAAAUCUCUUUCGUUCAAAACGGAAGAAACUCGUGUUAAAAAGACUCUUCACACUUCAAUUUCGUGACAUUUACGCCAUGACGUAAGUCUCUCAAAAUGGCAUAUCAGCGCGACUAUAAUUACCUUUGGAAGCAUUGCGUGUGUACAAUUUGUCUCCUCUUCUUCAAAGGGGAAAUAUGUAAACGCCCGUUGCAACAAGUUUCUUUGCAAAAAUAGUGCAAAUUUUACCUUAAGUCGAAGACUUCGAAGACAAAUUCCUUCAUGAAAGGAAAUUCAUACUAUUUAAGUGAAAUUUACCACUCCGGAAAACAAGAGAUUCGUGUUUUUAAUAGCUGAUUUCAAAUGUAUGAAAAGAAAUGCUCCUACAUAGGUAUCAUCACGUUCGAUGAUUACGAGACCAACAAGUUGAAGGUUCUUGACAGAACUUCGCCAUGAAAAGAAAGAGGAUCUCAGUUUUUUUGCAGGAGAAGCUCCCGUUCGGUUUCCGUCGGCUCAGCGGCAGGCAACGAGCUGACUCUCAAUGUGCCUAACACACAUUCGGCGUCGACAUCGCCGACACCUUCCGUCGGCGCGCAUUCCAAUGGCUCUCUUUACUUUGUGAGCUCUUGUUUUCUUUGA